CUAACUGUGAUAACUUAAAACCCGUUACCCUAGGCUGUAUCAAAAUGGUAUUCGAAACCCUUUUAGUUUCAACAGCUUUAAGAACAAUAGGAAUAGUAGGAUCGACCCUCUGGUUGAUUCCCUUAAUUCUAGCUGGAAUAACGUAUAUAAACUACAACAAACUAGAUCCCGAAACGCCCAUCAUGGACGCUCAGAGACUUUACAGAGAUUAUGACUUUAUAGUGGUGGGAGGAGGAUCGGCAGGUGCAGUAGUAGCGUCUAGGUUGUCGGAGAUGUCGAAAUGGAAAGUUUUAUUGUUGGAAGCAGGCUACGACGAGAACGAAAUCAGUGACGUUCCAUCGUUGGCGGCUUACCUACAACUUUCUAAGAUGGAUUGGACCUACAAGACGGAGUACACCGGCAGAGCGUGUCUCGGCAUGAAAAACGGACAAUGUAAUUGGCCGAGGGGGAAAGUUCUUGGGGGAUCCAGUGUUUUGAAUUAUAUGCUGUAUGUGAGAGGAAACAAAAACGAUUAUGAUUAUUGGAAGCAAUUAGGUAACCCUGGGUGGAAUUACGAAAACGUUCUAAAAUACUUUAAGAGAUCAGAAGACAACAGAAACCCGUAUCUAGCAAAAACGCCUUACCAUAGCAAAGGAGGUCUAUUGACUGUACAGGAAUCCCCAUGGAGGACACCGUUAGUGGUAGCGUUUCUGGAAGCUGGAUUGGAGAUGGGUUACCCCGUAAGAGAUAUCAACGGCGCUGAUCAGGCUGGGUUUAUGAUAGCACAAGGCACUAUCAGAAGAGGAUCAAGAUGCUCAACAGCGAAAGCUUUUUUAAGGCCAGUGAAACUGAGAAAAAAUAUACACAUAGCCUUAAAUGCCCAUGUUACACGAGUUUUGAUUAAUCCCACAACAAUGAGGGCGUUUGGUGUGGAAUUUGUCAGAAAUGGAAGAAAGCAGGUUGUCACAGCCAAACGAGAAAUCAUCCUCUCAGCCGGUGCCAUUAACACGCCGCAGAUCCUUAUGUUGUCGGGAAUAGGGCCAAAAGAUGAACUGACGAAGCACGGAAUUCCCGUCCUUCGCGACCUACCAGUGGGAGAAAAUUUACAGGACCACGUCGCAAUGGGUGGUUUGACGUUCAGAAUUAAUAAACCAGUGUCUAUCGUGCAGGACCGGCUCCAGGCUUUUCCCAUGACGAUGCAAUACGUGAUGCACGAGCAAGGUCCGAUGACCACGCUGGGAGGAGUGGAAGGACUGGCAUUUGUUAAUACUUACAUGGGCAACCGAUCCUGGCCAGACAUUCAAUUCCACAUGGCGCCAGCGAGCAUCAACUCAGACGCGGGGGCUAAAGUUCGGAAAGUUCUGGGACUCACAGACGAAUUAUACAACACAGUUUACAAGCCAAUAGCAAACAAAGAUGUGUACACAUUGAUGCCGCUCCUUCUUCGACCGAGAUCUCGAGGGUGGGUGAGGCUCAGGAACAAAAAUCCUUUUUCACCGCCGCUGAUCAACGCAAAUUAUUUCGAUCAUCCUCUGGAUAUUUUAACUCUAGUAGAAGGUGCCAAAAUAGCAAUCAACAUAAGCGAAACUCAAGCCUUCAAGAAAUUCGGCAGCCGCCUACACAACAUUCCGUUUCCGAACUGUAGACAGUUUGAAUUCACCAGUGAUAAGUACUGGGAGUGCCAUAUCAGGACAAUAUCAAUGACAAUAUACCAUCCGGUUGGGACGUGCAAGAUGGGUCCCACAUGGGACACAGAAGCAGUCGUUGAUCCACGAUUACGGGUUUAUGGUGUCGGAGGUUUGCGGGUCAUAGAUGCUUCGAUAAUGCCGACUAUACCUAGUGGGAAUACCAACGCACCAACCAUUAUGGUGGGUGAAAAGGGAGCUGAUUUGAUUAAAGAAGAUUGGCUGGGGAUUAGAAGCAAAAACGUGUAA